AUGGAAAGUCACAAGUGUUCAAUGAACGACGACGGUCUGGAACCUAUGCUGUUAUUGUAUUUCGACGACCACUGGCUUGAUUCUGGAGACCAUCGAAGUAAUUGUGAGCACGAGAAAUCGUACGACGUUUCAUCCCAACGCCAAUUUAAAAUUGGUCGAGCAAGGUACAGCGACGAGAUAAUCGCACAUGUAUUAAUAUCCCGUAACCACGCAGUUGUGAGAUGUGUAGAAAAUGGUGAUUGGACAAUAGAGAAUCUGAGUUCCACAAUCACCUUGUUGAACAACAUUCCCCUGGAGUUAAGGAUGCCAAAAAAAUUGUUUCCCAGCAAUGUUAUACAAUUUAGUGCUUCUGCAGAAUUCAAAUAUGAGUUUCAACUUCGUCCAAAGUCACAAAUCAACAAUAAAAGACAAAAACUUAAUGAAUGUUUCGUGGAAGCUGUUAUGACGCAACAAAAAUCUUUUGCAGAGUCUCAAGAAACAAAGAGAAAAGAAUUUGAGAAAAAAUUGCAAACAAAGCAGAAUGAGCAGAUCGAGCUCAAAGCUCAGUUCGAUGAGCUACUAAAAAUUCAAGAAUUGAGCGAAGAAAAUUCGAAGAUCGUCUCAAUGAGGAAAGAAGAAAAUGGCAAACUGCCCUUGUCACCAGCAAACAGGAGAAAAAAAACUAUGAGAAACGAAAAAACUUCUCAAGAACGACUUUUGAACGAGAAAAAUCAGUUGGAACAAAAGUUGAAGGAAACUGAAGAUGCCCUCAAAGAGCAAGCUGCUUUGACCGAACAAUUACAAACUACUAUUGAAAAUGGUGGUACUUAUAUUUCACCUCAAUCGAAAAAUCUAUUCUUUUAA